AACAAAAAAGUCAUAAUAUAUUCCCCAACGACUCAGUCGAUCCCCAACUCGCUCACCACUAUCCUUCAUUCCCACAGCUCAUGAGAUGAGACAACUGAAAGCAAAUCCCACCGCCGCCGCCGUCGCCGCCGUAGCGGCUUUCUUCUGCUGUUUCCUAGCCAUUGCAGAAGGUGGGAAGCUCGAAACGUUCAGCGGAUCGUACGGUCCGUUCGACGAAACACACUACCAAAUCUUCGAAGUCGAAAAGCCGGCAACCAUCACCAACGGCGCCCUCCAGGUGACCCCCGACUCCGCCUCCGCCGAUUUCAACCUCUACAACAACUCGGGGCGCGUGCUCCACAGACGCCGCUUCAAGCUCUGGGAGGAGGAAGGCGCCGCCGGAGGAGGAGCUCGAUUAGCUUCCUUCAGCACCUCCUUCCUGAUCAACAUCUACCGGCCGACGAACGCGACCCCCGGCGAGGGCCUCGCCUUCGUGAUUGCGCCGGACCUGAACCUCCCGGCCAACAGCUCCGGCCAAUUCCUCGGACUGACGAACGCGUCCUCCGACGGGAAUCCGGCGAACCAGGUGGUGGCGGUGGAGCUCGACACCGCGAGACAGGGCGGCGACCCCGACGACAACCACGUCGGAAUCGACGUGAACAGCAUCAGAUCCAUCAGAACCGAAUCCCUAACCCCACACAACAUAACCCUCGCCCCCAUGGGGGCCAGAUUCUACAACGUCUGGGUUGACUACGACUUCGCCACCCUAACAAUGAACGUCUUCAUCGCCGAGCAGCCGCUGAAAACCGGGCCCACUCCCCGGAAGCCCGAUUCUCCGAUCCUCUCGGCCCCGAAUCUUAAUCUCAUGAACCACGUGAACCAGUACUCCUACUUCGGUUUCGCCGCGUCCACGGGCCACAACACCCAAUUGAACUGUGUGCUGAGGUGGAACUUAACCGUCACCUCCUUCUCCGAAGGCGGCAACGGCAAAUGGCUGAAGAUCGGGCUCGGAGCAGGCAUCCCCGGGGGGUUGCUGCUUUUAAUCGUGGCCGUCGGAUUAGUGCGCUAUUACAACAAGCGUCGGAUCGAGAAAACGUACCCGAGAUUGAAGGAAAGGAUCAUAACUUUGUCCGAUACGCCACAGGAGUUUCAUUACAGUGCAUUGAAGAAGGCGACAAACAGCUUCGACGAGAAGAACAAGCUCGGGCAGGGCGGUUAUGGCGUGGUCUACAAAGGCGUGCUGGCGAAGGAUAAUUCGGAGAUUGCGGUGAAAUGCUUUUCGAGGGAGAGCGUACAAGGGCAGGACGAUUUCUUGGCUGAGCUCACCAUCAUCAAUCGUCUCCGCCACAAGCAUCUCGUCAAAUUACUCGGAUGGUGCCACAAAAAUGGGAAGCUACUACUUGUGUACGAGUACAUGCCGAACGGAAGCCUCGACAAGCACCUCUUCGCGGGCCCGAAGGCGGACCCACUCGGGUGGGCCCUACGGUACAAAAUUAUUUCGGGGGUCGCCUCCGCCCUGCAAUACCUCCACAACGAGUACGAGCAGAAAGUGGUCCACCGCGAUUUAAAAGCGAGUAACAUCAUGCUCGACUCGAACUUCAACGCCCGUUUAGGAGAUUUUGGGCUUGCUCGGGCCCUAGACAACGAGAAGACCUCGUACGUAGAGGCCGAGGGUGUUUUGGGAACAAUGGGGUACAUUGCCCCCGAGUGCUUCCACACUGGAAAGGCCACUCAACAAUCCGACGUGUACGCUUUCGCCGCCGUUUUGUUGGAGAUAGUUUGCGGGCAAAGGCCCGGAGCCAAAAUUGCUGGCUUUAACUUAUUGGUGGAUUGGGUUUGGUCUUUGCAUAGGGAUGGGAGAUUGCUAGAAGCCGUGGAUCAGAGAUUGGGGGACGCCUACGUGGCGGAAGAAGCCUAUAGGCUUCUUCUGCUAGGUUUGGCGUGCUCGCAUCCAAUUGCGAGCGAGAGGCCUAAAACCCAGGCGAUAGUUCAAAUCAUAGCAGGGACUGUUGUGGGACCCAUUGUUCCGCCUUUCAAGCCGUCGUUUGUUUGGCCGGCUUCCAGGCCUUUGGGUUUGGAUUCGGACUCGGUGGAGGAGACUACCACGAUGACUAGUUCGCAGUUUGGUUCGCAGUACUUGAGCCGGGAGAGCUACACUAGUGAUGGUAACUCUUUGGUAUAGUUUUCUUUUGUACAAAUGUGCAUUCUUCUUUUUCUUUUUCUUUUUCUCUCUUUCUUUUUUCUUGUACUUGUUGGUAUUUAUUGCCUUAGAAAUUGUUGUGAUUCUUUGUUUGUGGUUGCGAUGUCAAGAGGGGUUGAAGUAGCAUUUGUAUAUAUAUUUGUGUGCUUCAUAAAUAUUAAAUUUUUUUUGUUUGUAUG